CGAGACAAGACUAAACUUUCACUAGAGAGACUAAAGAUGGUGGAGGCGGAGAGCAGCUCCCUCAUGUUAGAGAUUGAACAGCAACGAAUACGGGUUGUGAAAUGCUUUGAUGUGAUAGCCAAUGGACCUGAGAAAUGCUUUGAUGUGAUAGCCAAUGGACCUGAGAAAUGCUUUGAUGUGAUAGCCAAUGGACCUGAGAAAUGCUUUGAUGAGAUAGCGAUUCAGGUGGUCCAGGCCUUGUUGGCUCAGAAGGUAGUU